CGAGAGACGGGGCCCAGCGAGGGCGGAAUCCCGCGAGGGCCGCCGGGAAGAAGGAGGCGGGCGGGCGGGCGGCCAUGGCGCUGGCAGAUGAUGCAACAGAGUUUUGGAGGCAGAUUGAAGAUAGCCGAGUGGACUUGAUAUUUGAGCAAGUGCAGAAGGUACUUUGGUCUCUGAAGCAGAAGAUCAAGGACAGAACUGCAACAGAUGAAGAGUACUGCCAAGCUUUGGCAUUUGUGAAUCAAGUGGAUAUGACUAACCUCCUACCUCUGACAAAUGUAAAUAAUGCUGUUACUGAAGAAGAUACGCAGAAAUUUGAGCCUGGUUUACAUCCUUCUGCCUCAAGUGAAAUUAUAGAGAAUCCUGGAGAUGAUUUUUCUUUAAGAAUGAAGAUAAAGGAGGCGAUACAUUCAAGGAGUAAAGGCGAACCUGCAGAAGUGUCUUCAAAAUUCCCCUAUGAGGAUCAUGUCUGCUCUAAAGAAUGUCUUGCCAAAAGGCCAUGGAAUUCAUACAAGGAUGAAAACCCUCUUCAUCUGCCAAUGCUGUGUCGCUUCCAAAGAUGGCAUGCCAAACCAGAUUAUGUGUCAAAGUCACACAAUGUUAUAUACAAAGCUCCCUGUGGAAGGAGUCUGAGAAAUUUUCAAGAUGUUCAGAAUUAUUUGUUUCAGACAGAGUGCACUUACUUAUAUUUAGAUCACUUUUCUUUCAAUACCUAUGUACAGGUGUUUAGAAACAAUCCUAGUUGCCAGCCCUUUGUGUUUGAUUUUGAUAUCAGCAACGGGGCAGAGACAAUACCAGUUUCUUUCUGUAAUGACAUAGACCACGACCGACUACCUUACUUUAAAUAUCGGAAGGUCUCUUGGCCCCAUGGAUACUUCUUGAACAAUUUCUCCAGCAUGUUUAUUGACUCAUGCAGUUGCACAGAUGGCUGCACAGACAGGACAAAAUGUGCAUGUCUGCUUCUAACUGAAAGAAACUGCCAUGAAGCUUCUGUGUCUUCAGGAAAAGAAGCAUCUAAUGGAUAUAAUUAUAAAAGACUCGAUGGACCUGUGCCCAGCGGAAUUUAUGAAUGCAGCGUGUUAUGCAGCUGUGACAAGAUUAUGUGCCAGAACAGAUUAGUGCAGCAUGGUCUUCAGGUUCGGCUGCAGGUCUUCAAAACUGAAAAGAAGGGCUGGGGAGUCCGUUGCCUUGAUGACAUUGACAAAGGAACUUUCGUUUGUACAUACUCAGGCAAAUUGAUGAGCAAAGAUGAAUCCAGGCAACCUAAAGAUAAAGGUGGUGAGGUUAAAGAGGAAGAUACAGAGAAUGGUGACAGAAGCCACACUUUAUUUAAAAAAAGGAUAAAACUGGAUAUGUUCUGUUCUGAUUCAGAGACUGAAGUUAUCCAAACCACUAGGAAGCAAAAAUCUUUGCCCGUAAAAGGUGAAGAUCAGCUAAGUGUAAUUCAGAGUUGUCAAAGCUACAGCUGUAACAGUACUCAGACUUACGAAGCUGUCACAAGACCGAAAACUCGAACAUCUGUUCUUCAGAAACAUCAGCGGCAACUAGGAAUUGCUGGUGCCAGUUCAGAUGAUGAUGGAAGUUCUGUGUGCCAGAAAUCAUCAAGAAGUAAACUAACUGCUGCAGCCAAGAAAGGAGAUGAAAAAUCAAGUCUACAAGAAGAGCUUGGUGAAAUGGUGAGCAUCGUACAGUCCGAAGGUAGUGUAGACUGCGUUAAAGAGAAUCCUCUUUUCAACACCACUUUGAACAGUAAGCCAGCUGUGCAAGAUGACAGAGAGAUUAAAAAAAAAAGCAAGGACCUAUUCUGGACUCAAGAUAUACACAAGAAAAGUUUCAAGAGAGGGAGAAGAGAAUCUGCUCAUAAAAAGCAAGCAACGGAAGAUAGCAAAGAAUUCCUAAAGAAUAAGGAGAGCCCAUGUUUGCUGGAUGCAACCAAGGAAGGCAAUGUGGGCAGAUUUCUUAAUCACAGCUGCUCCCCUAAUCUCUUUGUACAGAGUGUAUUUGUAGAGACCCACAACAGAAAUUUCCAGUGGGUGGCAUUCUUCACAAACAGGCAUGUAAAGGCUGGAACAGAACUCACAUGGGAUUAUGGCUAUGAAGCUGGAAGCAUGCCUGAAACAGAGACUACUUGUCAGUGUGGUGCUCAUAAGUGCAGGAAAAAAACGCCCUCUGGCGGGCGCGGCGGAAAGACCCUCCCGCCAAGCCUCGAGGUGGCGGCGGAGUGUUUGCCUCUGGAGAGGGAGGCGGGCUCUGGGCUCCGUGCGCGCGCAGCGGAAACGUCCUCCGCCGGUGACGUCACCCGGGCCUUGCGGAAAAGGCGGUGCGGGAGUCGCCGCCGCCGGGGCCGCUGCAGAAGGUGUCUAGUACCCAGAAUCAGCUCUGGAGAGUUGGGAGACAUCAGCGAAAUCUCUUCCCUUUUGCCAGUGGAUCCCUCCACUGGAUUAAAGGCCUCUAGUUCCAUUACAUUUGGGGAGCAAAGUGACUUUGCUAAGCUAACUUGGAUAAUGGCAAAGAUGGUAAGAAGACAGUGUGCAUUUUGCCCAGAUGAUGAAGAAUGUGCCAUUAUGUAUGUUGCUGAAGGACAGAACCUUGCCGUUCAUCAGGAUUGUUUGCUAUAUUCCUCUGGAUUUGUGGAAUCUGAAGAACAUAACCCUGAGAAUCUCGAUAUAAGGUUUGAUGUGGCUUCAGUAACGAGUGAAAUAAAAAGAGGAAAGAGGCUGAUAUGCAAUUUCUGUCGCAAGAAAGGAGCCACUGUGGGCUGUGAGAUAAAAAACUGUCGCAGAAGUUACCAUUAUUUCUGUGCUUUGUGUGAUGAUGCUGCAAUAGAAACGGAUGAAAUUCAAGGCAUUUACCGAGUGUUCUGUCCAAACCAUGACCCAGUCAAGAAGACAAGCUUUUAUGAUGAGGACAGCAAGAAGGGACGGCCCCCAAUCCUAAUAAACUCUUCCUGCAGUGGAACAAAAAUGAAUGAUAAUGAAACAGUUGCAGAAGAGAGCCUACAACAGGUCCUUAAGAGAAAAAAUGACCAGCAGAAAGUAAGGAUAGACUUUUUAAGGAAGUGUAAGCAGGCUGGGCUUCUUGAUGAAAUCUUUGAGGAAAUGUUAGACACUCUUCACCUUGCACAAGAAAAGCUGAUGGAUGACAACACUUCUGAAGCAGAAUAUGAAGAAACAGUAAUGUCACUUUUUGACUGUGGCCUUUUUGAAAAUAUACUUGCAACAGCUCACUCUGGAACUGAAGAAAAAAUUCAGCAGCUACUGCACACACGGGAAAGACUGGAUACUCAGAUUGAGCUUCUGAAAGAUUUGAAGGAAGUAGUACUACCUGCCCCAGAAGACACAGCUAGUGUAUCUAAUAGUAUCUCUGAACAACCUGCAUAUUUCUGUAACACUUGAUCAUGAUUUCUCCUAUCUGAUUCUUGCAUAAAAUCAACUUUCCAGUUAGAUAAGUCUGCUUGUCCUUAUAUAGCAUAUUUGUUAUAACUGUUUUUUUCCUCUAAUCAUGACCGUGAGACACUUUUGUUCCAGCAAAGGCAUUUUUUUCUUUUGGUUUUGACGGUCAAAUUCUCUUUUUGUCUAUUGCCUAUUCAUUUAUGUGAUUAUUUGGAAAGGCAAGGGAAAGCCUGUGUCCUCUUGAUAGCCAUCUCCAAGAUCAUGGCUGUCUUUCUGAUCUAUUCCAGUACAGGGAGAAUCGGAUGUGUUUAUCAUGUGUUCUUCAUAGCUUCUUUGCAACUGAGUCUCUAGAACCAGGGCAGCUCCAGCCAGCAGGGCCAGGAGACAUCAGUGAAGGGAUGGAGAACCCAAGGUCAGCCUUCCUAAAGGAUUGCACUGUGGUGCUAUAAUAGUUGUCACUACAUAUACUUUUUAAAUCAAUGGAAACGUCUUCUAUCUGCUCCUUCAAGACACUUGACUACAAUUGGUACUGAAAUUAAACACCAUAGUUUCACUUUCCAAAGACAAAGUCAAACCAUGAACCUUCGUACUUAUAGUUUUACAGAAUAGAUCCUGUCUGUAAAAUGACCCUGGCCUUGCAGUAGGAACCCAAACAUUAGAUGUUUCAGACAACUCAGGAGGGCUUAAUGUUAAAAUGUUUCAGAGAAUCAGUUUCUUAGAAUCAUAGGUAGUUGUGUGUGUGUAAAGAAUAUUUGCAAUUGUUUGAUUACAGAAUUGUAAAUAAUCAUUUAAUAAAAGUGGGUUUUUUUAACAAA